AUGGGUAAGGCAAAUUCAAAAUGUAAUAAUCAAUUGUCAAUAAUUUCUCAUACUCAAUCAUUAUUAUCAUCAUGUCAUUCCAAACGUAAACAUAUUGAUUUAAGUGUAUUUAUUAGUAAAGAACGUUUACGUACAAAGAAAAAAGUUCUUAUGUUAGGUUUAGAUGGUGUAGGAAAAACAGAUUUAUUUAGUCGCUUAAUAUGUCAUGAGAAACAAACAACAACAACAACAAAAUCUCUUCCUCAACCAACUAUGGGUUAUAAUGUUGAAACAAUAAAAGUUCAUUGUAAUCAUUUUUGUCAUCGUCGUAGUCAUGAAAUAACCUUAUGGGAUUGUGGUGGUCAAAGUUCUCUUCAACCAUUAUGGUCUUAUCAUUUUUCUAAUACAUCAUUACUUCUCUGGUUAAUAAAUGUACAUGAUCGUUCAAGAUUAGAUACUAAUCUUCAAUUACUUUCGCAAAUUCUUACAAAUCCAUUACUUUAUCGAGUUCCUGUUCUUAUUAUAUCCUAUCAUAGUUCAAUGAAACGACAAGAUGAAAAAAAAACAUUCGAUGAUGAUAAAAAUGAAAAUUUACUAACUAAUUUAGAAAUAGCAUUUCGUUUCUUAUCAACACUUGCAGCUUCACAUGCUAGUACGUUCAAAUGGCAAGUUAUUAGUAUAAAUUUGAAUGAUAAUUCUACUGAUGAUCUUAAAAAACUUCGACAAUCAUUCAAAGAAUUAAUGGAAUUAUGA